UCCGCGCCGCGAGGCAGCUCUCGGCCUGCAGAGGGCGCCGAGUGUCUCCGUCAGCCCAGGUCGGCCCGGCGCCCAGUGGGCUGCGCUAGGGAGUUCUGCUCACGGUCGGCCCUCUCCGCUCCUCAGAAUGGAAGUUAGGCAGGUUGUUUGUUUUCCUUCAGUCUGGACUUUUGAAGCAGGGCCUUGCCGGGUUAUCCAGGUGUACUAAGUUGCUUUAUAUGUUUGCCUGGUACCCUGUAAAGGCCAGAAGUUGGUGUUGGAUACUAUGGAACUGGAAUUAUGGAUGUUUGUGAGCUACCAUGCCUGUGCUCGAAAUCGAACCCGGGUCCUUUGUUAGAGCAACAGUCGCUCUAAAACAGGUAGAAUACAGCUCAAACCUGAACCACAACUGUGAUUGUUUGCAGCUUGCCUGAUGCCUGGGGUGUUAUUUUAAGAAAGCAGAAGCAGCAUCAUUUGCACGCUCCUUAUAGACAUACACCUUGGCCCUGACUUUCUGACCUCAGUGUUUCAAAAGUGAAGACAAGAUGAAGACGACCCACUUGCUGUUCUGGGGAGUCCUGGCCAUUUUUGUCAAGGCCGUCCUUGUAACCGGUGACAAGGAAAAGGUCAUUCUUGCUGACAACAAAUGCAUGUGUGCCCGAGUCACUUCCAGGAUCAUCCAGUCCAGCGAGGAUCCUAAUGAGGACAUCGUGGAGAGAAAUAUUCGAAUUGUUGUCCCUCUGAACAGCAGGGAGAAUAUCUCGGAUCCCACCUCUCCACUGAGAACGAAAUUUGUGUACCAUUUGUCAGACCUCUGUAAGAAAUGUGAUCCUGUGGAAGUGGAGCUGGACAAUCAGGUCGUUACUGCCAGCCAGAGCACUAUCUGCAAUGAAGACAGUGCUGUUCCAGAGACCUGCUACAUGUAUAACAGAAACAAGUGUUACGUAAACAUGGUCCCACUUAUGUAUCGUGGUGAGACCAAAAUGGUGACAUCAGCCUUGACCCCUGAUUCUUGCUACUCUGACUAGUUUGAGUCAUUUCUCAUUAUGCAACUCUAUCUUUAGGGGCUCUCCAUUUAGACCUGGAAGGAAUACUCACUGCUAAUGAUUUGAAACCAGGAUUUUUUUUCCUUUUGAAAAACUAACAUUCCCUUUAAAUAAUUAAAUAUCAAUACUGCAUCAUUAUUUUGUAAUUUUUUCUCAAUUCUAUGUAUUAAAUCCUCAUGCCUGCCUGAGGAGGUAUUUUUACGAGUUCAUUUUUUAGUUUUCAAAAACAUAAACAAGGGGAGAAAGUAAAAUUCCAAGAAUAAAAAUUAAUAGGCAUAGUUAAAUUGAAUUAUUUUUCUUUCUUACUUUGCUGUGGAGAGCUGGAGCUUCUGCACAUUCUAACUCUUCUUUCUUUUAAUGUCUCACUGUGUAGAGAAGACACACACAUAAAGAGAGGGCAGUUGCAUGUCUUCACUAGAAGGCGAAAGGGCACAUUUUAAACUAUUUACUAAUAUUUGCGAAACCAGUUUGCUGAAAGUGAUAUAAUUUGAUGCACAAAUGAGAAAUUUUGAUAUAACAAUAGACUUGGCACUAAAUUUUUUUGAUAAUUUUUUUGACAAAUUAUUGUCUGAAAUUCUUAGAGGAAUCCUCUGUAUUGCAGCUGAAUCUAAUGAAAUUUGUAUUCCUAAAUAUGUAUUCUCUAGCACAGUUUGAACAAUUAAAUAGAUUAAUAAGCAUAUCCCUGUGUGAAAUAAUUUAUUAAAAAAUUUUGCUGCGUUUAACCUUUUAUGUAAAUUAAACAUAAUUUAUUAUUGGCAAAUAUUGUAACUAUGAUGUAAUGGUGCGUUCAUCACUAAGUUUAUGUGAGUAAAUAUCUGAGAAAUCUUUGCCAAUUCACACUUAAAAUGAAGUAAAUUCCACAGCAUGUAGCAUCCUAUGGAAGCAGGAGGUGUACUCAGUGCUAGAGAGCUUGCUUAUCAUGCUUAAGGCCUUGAGUUUGAUGUCUAGUACUGCAAAAAGAAGAGAACAAAAUAUGCCCCUUCCAAAAAAAAAAAAGCAAAACAAAAAACCAAAAAAUUUAUGCAGUUUUGUCUAAGUAGAAAGCUCUCACAUAAAUGGUUGGGCUAUUUCAAAGUAAUAACUGGUCACAUACAAAGAAAUCAUAUGUCAGAAAGCUAUAUCCAAUUGAUGUAUUUAUCUAAGGGCAGGGCACCAUGGAAAGUAACUGCUGAUUCAGAGGCCAGCGUAUAGAUACUUCUGACCUGGGAAUAGUGGUGGACUUUCCAGGUUUUGGCUGUAUAGCAGCUGUGUAUAUUCGUCUAGUACGUAACUUUAAUGGCUCAAGUUGAAACACAAACUCUUAAGUGGCUGAAUUAACAUCAGGCAAGGUAACUCAAUUUAACAUCGUUUGUUUUAAAAAUGGAAUUACAAAUAACUAUCCUAUAGAUUUUUAUAUCCGGUAUAUGUAUGUGUGCCUAGAUGUCAUUUCGUAUAGCUGUCAUAGUAUUUGGCAUAAUUGGUAAAUUACAGUUGUUACUAUGUGUAAA